CCCUUACCUACCCCCUCCCCUCAACCCCAUCCACCACCUCCAGCCAACCCAACUACCAAAAGAAGAAAAAAACAGGACCCCAUGAUGAUCCAAACCCACCACCACCCCUCCUCCACAAAAGGUCUCUCCUCCCUCACCACCCUCCUCACCACCCCCACCACCUCCCUCCUCAUCGACCCCCCUUUCCUCCUCCCCGACGCCCUCUCCACCCUCUCCUGGAUCUCCUCGCUCACCCCGCACCCCCCAUCUGCCAUCUUCCUCACCCACCACCACCCCGACCACUUCUUCUCCGCAAAUCCCAUCCUCUCCGCCUUUCCCAACGCAAAACUCUACGCCGCGCCCUACGUCCUCGCCCGCAUUAAUAACGAAUAUGAUCAGAAAAUUAAGUAUUGGAAUGAGGUUCUAGAGGAUGGUCUUGUGCCGGAGGUGCCGAGACGGCCGGAGCCGUAUCCGUGGAGUUUUUUUGUGCUGGGUGGGGAGAAGGUGGGGGAGGAGGGGGAGAAGGGAGAGGGGGAGGAGGUGGUGGUGUUGUUGGGCCCCGUGCAGGGCGAUUGUGUUGAUCAGACGAUUUUUUGGAUCCCCGGGGAGAGAACGGUUGUUGCGGGGGAUGUGGUCUUUGGGAGGAGUGGGCAUGUAUGGGUCGAAGAACUCGAUUCCCCCGCUCUACUCGAAGCAUGGCUCAAGACCCUCGACAUGAUUGAACAAUUGCAUCCCGUGAAGAUCAUCCCCGGGCAUAUGGAAGCCGGGUGGGAGUUGGAUGCCGAGGCGGAUCUGGCGCAUACCAGACGAUAUCUGCAACUGUUCGGGGAGAAAGUCACCUAUGCGGAUAAGAAGCUCGGGGUGCAGGAGUUGUAUGAGUUCUUUCGUGAUGCGUUUCCGCAGUGUCGGGAGAAUUUGGAUUUCUUUCUGGGACAUAUGGCGAAUCGGUUUGGGGAGGGGGGAACUGUGUGGGAGGAGAAUCGACAUCAGGAGGUUGGGGAGAAGAGGCCGGAGGAACUGAGUGGGUAUUGGUUGGGGGGAUCUGGUGGGAUGAAUGGUAGGAUACAUUGAUAGAUUAAGAGUGUACAUGGUGUAAGAUCGGCGAGGUAACCCUAGUCCACGUUAAACGCAG